GAGGCGGGAGCGGGAGCGGGAGGGCCGCGGCCGCUCUCUGUCGCGACAGGAUCGCGAGCGGGGGCCAUGUCGGACACCUGGAGCUCGAUCCAGGCGCACAAGAAGCAGCUGGACUCGCUGCGGGAGCGGCUGCAGCGGCGGCGCAAGCAGGACCCGCUGGGCGCCGCCGACCCCCGCCAUGACCUCGCCCUGACCACGCCCCCCCGCACCUCCAGCCCCGCCCCCCCGGGCCCUGCCCAGCCCGGCCCCGCCCAGGGGGGCGUGUCCUCGCUGUGCCCCGCCCCCGGCCCCGCCCCGUCCCCGCCCGGGGGCGCCGAGGGGGUCCCGGGGGAGCCCCCGGAGCCGGACCCGGCGCUGGAGCGGCGGCUGCUGCUGCACCUGUCCGACCUGGCCACGCCCCUGCCCGCCGACGCCGCCGCCAUCCGCGAGAGCAUCGCCGCGGGCGACGCCCAGGUGACGCUGCGGGCGGUGGAGAGCCUCCUGCACAAGUUCGCGGCGCAGGAGCUGAUCGAGGUGCGCCGGGGGCUGCUCCACGACGGCCCCGCCCUCGUCACCUCCGCCGACCACUCCAAGCUGGCCGCCAUGGCCGCCGGCGCGGCCGCCGCGGCGGCGGGGCGGCGCCGGGGGGCGGAGCCCGGGGGCGGGGCAGGGGGCGGGGCCGGGGAGGGGAAGGAGGCCAAGAGGUGUCGGCGGGCGGCGGCGUCGGACGUGGACCUGGAGAUCGAGAGCUUGCUGAGCCAGCAGUCCACCAAGGAGCAGCAGAGUAAGAAGGUGAGCCAGGAGAUCCUGGAGCUGCUGAACACCACCACGGCCAAGGAGCAGUCCAUCGUGGAGAAGUUCCGCUCGCGCGGCCGCGCCCAGGUGCAGGAGUUCUGCGACCACGGCACCAAGGAGGAGUGCGUCAAGGCCUCGGGCGCCGAGCGGCCCUGCCGCAGGCUCCACUUCCGCCGCAUCAUCAACAAGCACACGGACGAGUCUCUGGGCGACUGCUCCUUCCUCAACACGUGCUUCCACAUGGACACGUGCAAGUACGUGCACUACGAGAUCGACGCCUGCGCGGCCACGCCCCCGCGCGGCAGCCCCGCCCCGCCGCGGCCCCGCCCCCGCUCCCCGCCCCCGGCCCCGCCCGCGCGCCGCCCCGACGCUGGCGCCGACCGCCUCUUCCCCCCGCAGUGGAUCUGCUGCGACAUCCGCUACCUGGACGUGUCCAUCCUGGGCAAGUUCGCCGUGGUGAUGGCAGACCCGCCCUGGGACAUCCACAUGGAGCUGCCCUACGGCACGCUGACGGACGACGAGAUGCGGCGCCUCAACAUCCCCGUGCUGCAGGACGAGGGCUUCCUCUUCCUCUGGGUCACCGGCAGGGCCAUGGAGCUGGGCCGUGAAUGCCUCAACCUCUGGGGGUACGAGCGCGUGGACGAGAUCAUCUGGGUGAAAACCAAUCAGCUGCAGAGGAUCAUCCGCACCGGCCGCACGGGCCACUGGCUCAACCACGGCAAGGAGCACUGCCUGGUGGGGGUGAAGGGGAACCCCCAAGGCUUCAACCGGGGCCUGGACUGUGACGUCAUCGUGGCCGAGGUGCGCUCCACCAGCCACAAGCCCGACGAGAUCUACGGGAUGAUCGAGCGGCUGUCGCCGGGCACGAGGAAAAUCGAGCUCUUCGGCCGCCCCCACAACGUCCAGCCCAACUGGAUCACGCUGGGCAAUCAGCUGGACGGGAUCCACCUGCUGGACCCCGACGUGGUGGCGCAGUUCAAGCAGCACUACCCCGACGGCGUCAUCAGCAAGCCCAAAAACAUCUGAAUUUGGGGGAAAUUUGGGUGGGUUUUGGGGUUUUUAAAGGGUUUUUUUUAGGUUUUAUUUUGGGGAAUUUUUGGGGAAUUUUUGGGAUUUUUUUGGAUUUUUUGGGGGGUUUAAUUUGAAUUUUUUUGAAUUUUUUGGGGGUUUAUUUUGAAUUUUUUUAGGAUUUUUUUUUGGGAUUUAUUUUCUAUUUUUGGGGAUUUUUUGGGGAUUUUUGAGGAAUGUUUUGGGGGUUUAUUUUGAAUUUUUUAAAUAUUUUUCAGGGAAUUUUUGGGGGUUUAUUUUCUAUUUUUGGGGAUUUUUUUGGAAUUAUUGGGGAUUUUUUUGAAGUUUAUUUUGAAUUUUUUGGUGGAUUUUUUGUGGAUUUUUUUGGGGUUUUAUUUAUAUUUUUUGGGAUUUUUUGAGAUUUUUUUUGGGGAUUUGAGGGACUUUUUUUGGGUUUAUUUUGAAUUUUUUAAAGAUUUUUUGGGGAUUUUUUUGGGGAAUUUUUUUUAAUUUUUUGGGAUUUUUUUUGAAUUUUUCGGGGGUUUAAAUUGAAUUUUUUUUGAAUUUUUAGGGUUUAUUUUCAAUAUUUUUUGGAAUUUAUUUUCGAUUUUUUGGGGUUAUUUUUGGGGGAUUUUUUGAAAUUUUUUGGGUUUAUUUUGGGUUUUUUGGGGGGUUAUUUUGGGUUUUAUUUUGGGGGGUUUUAGGGAUUUUUUAAAGAUUUUUUUUUUUAGGAUUUUGGGUUUUUGGGGAUUAUUUUGGGGUUUUUUUAGGGAUUUUUUGGGGGUUUUUUGGGGAUUUUUUUUGGCUUAUUUUGAAUUUUUUUGGGGAUUUUUUUCAGGAUUUUUGGGGGUUUAUUUUCCUUUUUUUGGGGAAUUUUUUUGGGGUUUUUUUUGGGAUUUUUUUUGGAAUUUUGGGGGAUUUUUUUGGGGUUUAUUUUGAAUUUAUUUUAAAUUUUUGGGGGAUUUUUUAAUUAUUUUGGGGUUCUUAGGGAUUUUUUUUUAGGUUUUUAGGGGUUUUUUUGGGGAUUAUUUUUUGGGUUUUUAGGGAUUUUUUGGUAUUUUUUUGGGUUUUUUGGGACUUUUUCAGGUUUCAUGUUGGGGUUUUUAAGAGGAUUUUUUUUGAAUUUUGGAGGAUUUUAAAAAUUUUUCUUGGAGUUUUUUGGGGCUCUCAAGCAGCACGACCCCGACGGCGUCACCAGCAAGCCCAAAAAUAUCAGAAUUUUGGGGAAAUUUGGGGUUGUUUUGGGUUUUUUAAAGGGUUUUUUUAGGUUUUAUUUUGGGGAAUUUUUGGGGAUUUUUUGGGAUUUUUUUGGGAUUUUUUUUUUUAUUUUUUGGGGUUUAUUUUGAUUUUUUUUUAAAUUUUUUUGGGGUUUAUUUUGAAUUUUUAAAGAAUUUUUUGUGGAUUUUUUGGUUUAUUUUCUAUAUUUGGGGAUUUUUUGGGGGAUUUAUUGAGGAUUUUUUGGGGGUUUUUUGGGUGUUUUUUGGGGAAUUUUUUGGAAUUUAUUUUCAAUUUUUUGGGGUUAUUUCUGGGGGAUCUUUUGGAAUUUUUUUUUUUGGAUUUUAUUUAUAUAUUUGGGGAUUUUUGGGGGUUAUUUUGGAUUUUAUUUUGGGGUUUCUAGGCUUUUUUUGGGGGAUUUUUAGGGGUUUUUUUGGGGUUUUUUUAGGGGUUUUUUUUUCGGGUUUUUUUUCAGGGGUUUUUGGUGUUCUUUGGGGUUUUUUUGGGAUUUUGGGGAUAAUUUUUGCGUUUUUUCAGGGUUUUAUUCAGGGUUUUUUAUUUGGCUGUUUAAGGAUUUUUUGGGGAUUUUUUGGGUUUUUUUGGGGAUUUUUUUGUGGUUUAAUUUGAAUUUUUUUGAAUUUUUUGGGGGUUUAUUUCGAAUUUUUUUAGUAUUUUUGGGGGAUUUUGGGGGGGAUUUUUAUUUAUAUUUUUGGGGAUUUUUUGGGGAGUUUUUUUGGGGUUUAUUUGAAUUUUUAAUUUUUGGGGAUUUUUUUUGAAUUUUUAAAGUAUUUUUUGGGGAUUUUUUUGGGGUUUUUUUGGGGUUUAAUUUGAAUUUGUUUUGAAUUUUUUUGGGGGGUUUAUUUUGAAUUUUUUAAAUAUUUUUUGGAGAUUUUUGGGGGGAUUUUUUUUAUUUUUGGGGAUUUUUUUGGGGAUUUUUUGGGGGAAUUUUUUGGGGGUUUAUUUUGAAUUUUUUUAAAUUUUUUGGGGUUUAUUUCAAAUUUUUUUAAUAUUUUUGGGGGAUUUUUUUUGGUUUUUUAGGGAUUUUAAAAACAACUUUUAGGCGUAUUUUUGGGGGCUAUUUUUAGGUUUUUAAAAUUAUUUUUUGGGAUUUUUUUUUCUCUUUUUUGGGGUUAUUUUAGGGGUUUUUUUGUUGGUUUUUUUUUGGGUGGAAAAUGAAGAAUUUGGAUGGAAAACCUGGUGUGGUUUUUUUGGGGGAAAAAAAGGUGAAAAAUGGAUCUGAACGCCCAACAAAACGAGGAAAAAAAUGUGAAAAUGAGAAAAAAAUUGUGUAAAUAAUAAAAAAAAGUGAAAAUAAA